AUGUUCGGACUUACCAAGAAUUUAUUAAAGUUUGCUUAAUAAGCAAAUAAGAUGAAUAGCAUAUUAAAUAAGACUAACACUCUCUAAUGGGCAAGCGUUUAUAAUUAUGCUCCUCAAAAGGUUGUUUUAAGAAAUGAAAAAAGCGGAUAUUAUGCCAAUCCUGAUGAUGUUGCUAGAAGAUUGAUUAGAUUAAUUUCUUUACACGAUAAAGUUCAAAACCCAAGCGCAAUUACAUUAAAAUCUACUUGGAGUGAAAUUGGUGUUGAUCCUUUAAGCUAUGUUGAAAUCAUGCUUGAAGCAGAAAACGAAUUUUACAUUGAAUUAGCUGAUGAAGACCUCGAAAGAUUCAGAACAGUAGAAGAUGCUGUUGAAUUCAUUGCUCGCAACUUCUUCACAAAUUGA